AUGAAUGUAGUUAGAGAAAUACAAAGAAUCAAUAGAAAUGAGAUGACAUCUGGAGCAUCAGAGACUAGUUCAUGGCAUGAGGACUAUAGUCAUAGUUGUUGGAUAUUUGCAGGUGGUAUGCCAUUCGAUCUCAAUGAAGGUGAUGUAGUGACGGUGUUUAGUCAGUAUGGAGAGGUCGAUGAAUACGAUCUCGUUAGAAACAAGGAGACUGGUAAAUCACAGGGUUUCGCAUUCAUCAAGUACAUGGAUCAAAAGAGUACUAUCUUGGCUGUUGAUAAUCUCAAUGGUGUAAAGAUACUAGGUAGAACUAUUAGAGUUGAUCAUGUCAAAGACUAUAGAAAACCAAAACAAGAUAAAGAUAAAGAUAAAGAUGAUGAUAAAGAUGGUGAUGACGGUCAACAAGACAAAGACAAAAAAGAUAGAGACAGAGAUCAUCCAGAAAAUAGAUAUAAAGAUAACAAUAACAACAACAACAACAACAACAACCGUGAAAGAGAUAUAAAGAGUAGAGGUGAUCAUGACAGUAGAGAUAAUUAUAGUAGUAGGAACAACAAUAAUAAUAAUAAUAUAAGAGACAAUAGAGAUAGAGAUAAUAAUAAUAAUCAUAGAGAUUAUCAAGACAGAAACAACAAUAAUAACCAAAGAAGGGAUGAUAAUAGAAGAGAUGAAAGAAGAGACUACCCUCAACGUGAUUAUAGAGACAAUAAUCAUAAUCAUAAUAAUAGUAAUAGAUACUAUAAUGAUAGAGAUAGAGAUAAUAGUAGAGGCGGAAAUAGAGAUAGAGAUAGGGAUAGAUCUAGGGAUAGAUCUCCUCCUAGAGACAGAGACAACAAAAGAUAUUAA